AACAUGUUUCUAAAGGAGGGGCCGACUGUAACCGUCAGAAAAGAAUAAUAAAUUUAUCACAUCAGUGUUGCGUGAAGCGGCCGUGAUGUGAGACAAUGACAGAUUAGGAAAUGCAAACCUUGCCGUUUAAAUGGUGGCCGAGCAGCUCACUUUUUGUAUAACCAAAGAAGAACUUCGCCGUCCUUUUGCAGCCACCGUAGGUGGGUGUGUAAGAGGAAGUCCUGAUCUUGACGGGCUGAGUAGCAGCGGAGCUUGCUGUGAAUGAGACUCGGAGUUUCUGUGAAUGGGGGCCGGCCACACGUUGCUAUGGGAUCCCCGGGUUACGUUCCACUGAUUUUCGCGCUGAGCGCCUCCUGCUUCCUUGCGACCGCUCAGAUCCCCCUGGUCAUCAAUACAUGGCCCUUUAAGGACGCAACGCAGCGAGCAUGGGACACUCUUCAUUCUGGAGGUUCAGCUUUGGAUGCAGUAGAGAAAGGUUGCAGUCAGUGUGAGUUUGAGCAGUGUGAUGGCACUGUGGGAUAUGGAGGAAGCCCGGAUGAACAUGGGGAGACAACACUGGAUGCCAUGAUUAUGAAUGGUAACACAAUUGAUGUUGGAGCAGUUGGAAAUCUGCGAAGAAUUAAAAGUGCAAUCAGUGUUGCAAGAGCGGUGAUGGAACACACCAGUCACUCAUUGUUGGUGGGAGAGUCAGCAUCAAUCUUUGCUCAAAAUAUGGGAUUCCUCAGUGAAGACUUAACAUCAAAUAAAUCUCUGUCCAUCCAUGCAGAAUGGCUGAGCAAAAAAUGCCAGCCCAAUUUCUGGAAGAAUGUCUUUCCAAAUGCUAAAACUUCUUGUGGACCGUAUAGGCAAAAGAAGGGGCAGUGGUCAAAAGGACAUAGAAUGCCAGCGCAUGAGGCCAAUGUUCACAAACAUGACACCAUUGGUAUGAUUGUGAUUGACAAGAGUAGAAGCAUAGUGGCUGGAACAUCUACCAAUGGUGCAAUGCAUAAAAUCCCAGGCCGUGUGGGAGAUUCACCGAUAGCUGGGGCAGGUGCUUAUGCCGAUAGCACAGCUGGAGCUGCAGCUGCUACUGGAAAUGGAGAUAUUAUGAUGCGGCUUCUUCCAAGUUACCAGGCCGUGGAAUAUAUGAGAUGGGGAAUGGAACCAACUACAGCUUGCCAGAAAGUUAUUGCAAGAAUUCAAAAGUAUUAUCCGAAGUUUUUUGGUGCAGUCAUCUGUGCGAACAGAACUGGGGGUUAUGAUGCUGCCAGCCCUGUCAAAUUUCUCCAGCGAUUUCUGUUUUUUGUUUUAGAGAACAGUGAACUGUGUUGCAGAAGUAUCACUAACUCCAAAAUUGACGAUAGAGAGUGAAAUACAUAAUUCUGCUGGCUUCACUUCAAGAAAUAACCAAUUAUAAAUGCCACAUUUCCAAUUCUGAACCCUCGACCUAUCAAUUCUUGGUCCAAUGUGGGAAUUCUGAAUAUAGCUCUUAAAUACUCUGUAUUUUAGAAUUGUAAUUCAUCUGUUGUUGGAUUUGUAGGAGUUAUUAAUGAUUUUAGCAGUGAUUUCUGAUUAGUUUUUAGACUCAGCCAGUGCCAUCAAUUACUACAUAACAGGACUCAGAUCUUAUUUGGCUAUUUUUGUUUUGAGCUUCCUGUUCUCUCGUGGGUCUUUUUCUAAUAUUAACAUAACAUUUUAAGGAUAGAGGAUGUCACGCUAAUCUCUGCAUAACUGUAAUGUUUUUCAAACAAAAAAAACCCCAAUUUACUUAACGUUUGCUCUAGCGUUAUUUGCAAACAGCGAGGGGAGGCGAUGGCUUAGCAGUGUUAUCAUGGGACUAUUAAUCCAGAGAUCCAGGAAACGUGGUGGGAACUAGGGCUUGAAUACCAGCACAAUUUUAAAAAGUCUGGAAUCAAGAAUCUAAUGAUGAUCAAUUGUCAGGAAAAAGCCCAUCCUGUUCACUCAUGCACUUUAGGCAAGGAAACUCACAGCCUUACCUGGCCUGACCUACAUGUGACUCCAGAACCACUGCAAUAUGGUUGAUCCUUUGGGAUGGGCGAUACAUGCUGGUCUAGCCAAUGACGCCUUCAUCCCAUGAAUGAUUUAAAAAUAAAAAUGUAACAUUUUCAAAUUUCCAAAUCCCUUGGUUAAUCCAUUUGAGAUCCAGUGAGAUGUUCGGAGAAAUCAUUGAUUGAAUUGGGUACUGCACUGCAAUUUCAAGCUGGAUACCAAGAUAUUUGUUCACAAAAACAAAGUGUUGCAGAUGCUAGAGAAAUGAUCUUUUUAAAAAAAAAUGCACUGGAGAGACUCAGCAGGCUUGGCCACGUCUGUGAAGAGUGAUUUCAUGUACACUUGGUGACAAGAAAUGCAGACUCAGUGCCUGCUUUGCAGAAUGGGUCUGUCCUGUCUGGUAAAUGGCCUCAACCUGUCGCUCUGACAUUUUAAUACUCCAUCUUACUGUUGUGCUAAUGUUUUUGUCCUAGGCCUGCAGCGGUGAUCCAGUAAAGCCCAAAGCUGGCUGGAGAAACUGCAUCCCAUUUUCCAUUUUGGCACUUUACAACCUUCAGAUUCAACAUAAAGUUGAAAAUCUUCAGACCACGAAUUCCGACCUCCAUCUUGAAUAAGCCACUCUGACACCAUGUGGCUUGAUGUGGAGCUACCUAUUUUCUGCUAUUCACAUUUUCCAUUAACACACACUCUUCUUCUAUACCUGUCCCUGUAUUUCUAUUAGCACGCUGUGCCUUUUGCUCCAGGGCAGUUUUCCUACCUAUUUCAAUUGCUCUUCCUUCCUGCCUCUGUUUAUCUUAAAGCUUGAAGCCCAUCACUUUUCCAGCCUCUUCUAUUUCUAAAGAAGAGUCAGAUUGGACUUAAACACUUGUCAGCAGUUUAUCUCUCUGUCUGUCUCUGACAGAUGAAACUAGAGCUGUUGAGUCUUUGUUCAGGCCAUUUCCAAUUAUUCCAGAUGAGGACAACUGUAUUCUCACCUCAAAGUUACAACAGCUGAGCCAUCAACAUGACCUGAGGUCGCUAUCACCUUGGACUGUAGCAGCGGAAGUGUGGCCAGACCAUCUUUGUACUACACCUCUGUUUGGCUGCUUGACUGUUUGGUAGCCACUAAUUGGCCAAUAAAUGCAGAUAUAAGCUGAAGCCAGCAUUGGUUUUCUUUGUGUUGCUCUCAUCUUAAUGCAAAAAUAAAAGGCACCUCGUUUUGUUAAAGGUAUUCUACAAAUGAAAGUUAUUGUUGUUGCCAUCAUGCUUCAAAUGUUUUAGAAUGGUCGAAACAUACAGUACAGAAAAGGGCUUUUGGCAUAUUGAUUCCAUACUGCCUAAAAUAUACAACUGUCUACUCUUGUCCUGCUUUCCUGCAUUAGGCCCUUAGCCUUGAAUAUUUUGCAUAUCAAGUGGUCAUCCAAGCACUUUUUAAAGGUCGUGAGGUUUCCUCACUCAACUAACCUCCCAGGCAGUGUAUUCCAGACCUUGACCACACUGGGUGAGAAAGGUUGGGCGGAAGGGCCUGUUUCCACACUGUAGGGAAUCCAAUCUAAUCUAAUCUAAUCUAUUAAAUCUUGUCUAAACAUGCUGCAUUUCACUUUAAAAUUAUACCCGAUGUUUUUGACCAUUCAGCUAAGGGAGACCUGCCUUCUAUUCACCCUGUCCAUGCUUCUCAUCAUCUCAUAUUCCUCGAUCAGGUACCACCUCCCCGCCCCCAAUCUUCUCUACGCCAGAGAAAACAACCUAAUCUUAUCCAACCUCUCUUCAUUAGUUGAAAUAUUCCAUCCAGGCAUCCAUCCUGGUGAAUCUCCUUUGAACCUCCUGCAGGGCUUCCUAUAGAAUGGAGACCAGAAUUGGACACAGUACUCAAGCUAUGACCUAACCAAAGUUCUGUUAGGUUAGCUCCAACAUAACCUCCUUGUUCUUAUAAUCUAUGCCAUGAGUGACAAAGGCUAGCAUCCUGUAUGCCUUCUUAACUACCCCAUUAACCUGUCCUGCUACCUCCAAGGAUCUUUGGACAAGCACUCCAAGAUCCCUAUGUUCCUCCGAGCUUCCUAGUGUCUUUCCGUACUGAGUCUGACUGGUUAUUCUAAAUAUUAUACAUUAUUAACAUUUGACAAUAAAUUAUACUACUAAGACAACCUGAUAAUUCCAAUUGGCUUUGCUGAAGAGCCACUGGAACAGGUAUUUUGUGAAGACAAUUGAAUUGGGUCCAAGAUCAGGUCACCACUCUUGACCAUAGUGUAAAGUUUAACAGACAUGACAAAAAUAUUUGAAGCAGUUACUCUGCAGCUUUUCAUACCUUCUUAACAGUGAGAUUCCUGAAUGAAUUAUUCUUUCCCAGAAUGGGAGGCGGUAAGGGCAGAUUGGGCAAAUGAAACGGGUAGAAAUAGAAGGGGAACAGAGGAAGGGGUGAGACCUUUUGUUUUAUUCAUUUGUGGGACAUGGGUGUCACUGGCUGGGCCAGCAUUCAUUGCCUGUCCUGAAUUUCCCUUGAGAAGGUGGUGCUGAGCUGUCUUCUUGAACCACAGCAGUCCACCUGCUGUGUGUUGACCGUACUAUUAGGAAGGGAGCCUAAAAUGUACAUUAAGCAAUUCAGCUAGUUUUCAAUGAAAAGCUAGAUUCAAGAUUGAUAAUCGAAGUUGUAUUAUAAUUAUAAAUAGUAUUGUUGAUUUUAACAAGUGAUAGCUUUUAAUCUUUGUCAAGAUUCUGCUUCUUUUGACUUUGUAGUUCAUGAUAUUCAUCUAAAGCAAAACAAGAACAACGUUCAAAUUGGGGAAGAAUAGUU